AGCCGUGAGCCAGAGCGCGGGUGCCCAUGACCGACCUGGCGUCGCCCGCGGGCGAGAACCCCUUCGCCUUCCCCGGCAGCGAGGAGAGCUUCGGGGAGGAGCGGGUGCUCGUGAUCCACAGCCAGGCGGAGGAGGAGGAGGCGGGCAAGGAGUUCAAGUGCAUCCUGUGCGGCGAGCGCUUCGGCCAGCAGCCCAGCCUCGCCCGCCACCAGAAGCACCACGCGAGCGAGCGCGCCUUCAUCUGCGCCGAGUGCGGCAAGGGCUUCAGCCUCAAGCACAACCUCAUCAUCCACCAGCGCAUCCACACGGGUGAGCGGCCCUACCAGUGCGACGUCUGCCAGAAGAGCUUCAGCCUCAAGCAGAACCUGCUGACCCACCAGCGCAUCCACAGCGGCGAGAAGCCCUUCAGCUGCGCGCAGUGCGGCAAGCGCUUCCGCGAGCAGCGCUUCCUGCUCACCCUGAUGGGAGCAAAGGUGAAGACAUUAACCAUCAACAGCAGCCCUGAUGGCUGCAUCCUGACGAGGAGAUAA